AGAGCUCGAGGCACUGCUUACCGUCGCCUGAGCUAGGAGACGCCGCGGCCGCCGCUUGGUCGCCUCGGGCUUCGCGUCGCGCCGAGUCUGCCUCCUCUGCCUCCUCUGCCUCAACCGAUUGGCGGCGUCGGCUCCGCCUGGCCCGCGGCCUCGCUGUCCGUGGCGGGGCAGGUGUUUUCGCUGUAGUGAAACCCUGCUCUGCCCUCUGGUUGCUGCUGCUGGCUCCUGACCCUGAGCUUUUGCGGAAGCUGGGACUGGAAUGAGAAUAGGGUAGGUGAGCUCCAGAUAAGCCAGCCCUGCCAGUGACCUCCGUGUUUGGUGGCUGGUGCUCUGAGCCACAGUGCGCAUCAGAAUUUGGAUCUAUGGACCUGCUUUGAACCAUAGAGCCUGCCUAUGGGGGAAGGUGACGCCAUCUGGGCCCCAUCCAUCCUUCCUCACAGCACCCUCAGCACCUUAAGCCACCACCCUGAGCUACACUUUGGAGGAAAGAUGGAAUCUAAGGUCUCAGAAGGUGGCCUGAACGUAACCCUUACCAUCCGCCUGCUGAUGCAUGGAAAGGAAGUUGGAAGCAUCAUUGGGAAGAAAGGAGAAACGGUGAAGAAGAUGCGUGAAGAGAGUGGCGCCAGGAUCAACAUCUCGGAGGGAAACUGCCCGGAGAGAAUCGUCACCAUCACAGGCCCAACGGAUGCCAUCUUCAAGGCCUUCGCUAUGAUAGCGUACAAGUUUGAGGAGGACAUCAUUAAUUCCAUGAGCAACAGCCCUGCCACCAGCAAGCCCCCAGUGACAUUGCGACUAGUGGUCCCUGCCAGCCAGUGUGGGUCCCUGAUCGGGAAAGGCGGCUCUAAGAUCAAGGAAAUCCGGGAGUCCACAGGUGCUCAGGUCCAGGUGGCAGGUGACAUGCUGCCCAACUCCACAGAGCGGGCAGUGACUAUCUCAGGGACCCCGGAAGCCAUCAUCCAGUGUGUGAAGCAGAUCUGUGUGGUCAUGCUGGAGUCCCCACCGAAAGGUGCCACCAUUCCCUACCGCCCAAAGCCCGCCUCCACCCCUGUCAUUUUUGCAGGUGGUCAGGUAAGAGCCGACCCGCUCGCGGCCUCCACUGCCAACCUCAGCCUUUUACUGCAGCACCCGCCGCUGCCCGCCUACACAAUCCAGGGACAGUACGCCAUCCCCCACCCAGAUCCCAGUCCUAUCUGCCCAGAGAUGGUGCUGCCCCAUGCCCGGGCCCUCCCACAUCAGCCUUCAAUCAAACAAUCUCUUAUAGAUAUGACCACCGACCAGUUCAAUCUGGACAGCUCCUCAGUUGAGAUUCCCUUCUCACAGCAGUUGACCAAGCUCCACCAGUUGGCCAUGCAGCAAACCCCCUUUCCUCCCCUCGGACAGACCAACCCCGCUUUCCCCGGAGAAAAGCUGCCUUUACACUCCUCCGAAGAAGCUCAAAAUCUGAUGGGCCAGUCGUCAGGUCUGGAUGCCAGCCCCCCGGCCAGCACUCAUGAACUCACCAUUCCCAAUGAUCUUAUAGGCUGCAUAAUUGGACGCCAGGGCACCAAAAUUAAUGAAAUCCGGCAGAUGUCUGGAGCGCAGAUCAAAAUCGCCAAUGCCACUGAAGGGUCGUCAGAGCGUCAGAUUACCAUCACAGGGACCCCAGCCAACAUCAGCCUUGCCCAGUAUCUCAUCAACGCUAGGCUGACGUCUGAGGUCACUGGGAUGGGUGCACUCUAACUUACCCAAGAUCCUCCAUUCCACACAUCGGAUGGCUCCAGCCUGCAGCCUCACCAGCCGGCACACUGUACAGACCGCCUGUCCUUCCUUGCAGAUAUGAAUAGAGCGUUUCUUUAUAAACAGACGGUAGUGCGUGUCUGCCCACUCAGGCCCUGUGCGCUCCGUGUUAGUGUAGCCUCCACGCAUUGGCAUGCAACUCUUUACUUUAAUGCUCAACAUAUUCCCAAAUGUGAUGUUUCAGAAAUUUAUUCCUCAGUAUUCAUGUGACUGUCUGUUUAAAAGUUGGUUUGAUGCUCUAACAGCACUUCCUAUGUCCUGCUGCCCCUUGUUCUUAGAGACCCUCCUCUCUCAGCCGGUCUACGGAUUCAUUCCUACCCUAGGUUGUACGCAGGGAGCAUUUGGAAGAGGAGGGACUUGGGGGUGUCUACGGAGCAAAGCAGAGUGCCAGAGGGCGGGUGGGACCUUUGCUUUACUGGGAUAUCUCGGGGAGGGGGUACUCAUGGCCCCCAUAUGUCUUCCAAGAUGACUAAGAACAAGGACUUGCCAGAAAGUUCAUCUCCCCCCAUCAGAGUUCAAUAAAUGUCGUGUUCUUCCCCCGUG